AUGGCCAAGAGGUCCGCUCGGCCCAAUGCUGCUGCUGCUGCCGCCGCCGCCGCCGCCGCCGCCGCCGCAAGGGACGAGCGACGGCGCGCCAGCACCUCUCAGGUGCACACCUACUACUUCAACGAAAAGGCCCUCACCGUCCUCCUGAUGCCCCGCACGGCGUGGCCAGGAACGUCGCAGUCGCUGCCAGAGCAACGCUCCGCCACUUGCGACACCCUCCACGACGACGAGGACCAGCACCGCCUCGGCGGCCCCCAAGCCGCGAGCAAACCCUUCGGCAGCCUGUCCGACUUCCAUCAGUGGGAAGAGGACGGUCUCGCCCUCCCUCAGUCAUCCGCCACUUUCUCGCCCGCGCUCGCCCGGGCCACGCCCAAACGGAUCCUGAGCUCAUUCGUCGACAGGAUGCGCCGCGUUUCGAGCGCCCACUUCGACCACUUGCGCCAUCAACGGUCGCAGGCUCCAGGCUUGGAGUGCACUGACGAUCUCGAUGGCGCAGGCGAUCUCGGGAAACCGAGCAAAGGCGCCGGACAGCGAUUCGACGGCAGUCUGUCCCCUUGGCCCCGAUCGCUGCCGGACUCGUGCGGCGCAUCCUCGUCCUCUUGCCCGUCCUCCGAGCCAACGUCCCGGCCCUCGUCGCCCGGGUCAUCGCGGUCGAGUUCGAUCUACCUGCAGUACGACGACGGGCGCGACGUCGACCUCGAGUUGGCGGUCGCCAUGGCCCCGCCGGAGCUGACGUCGGCCUGGGCGGCCAAGUCGCACGAUGCAGCCUCGUACCUCGCCGCGAGGACGCCUUACCCGCAGACGGCCAUCGACGCCAUGUUUGCCUACCACGCGCAUGGUGCAACGUCUCCAGACCCCUCGUCGCUCUCCUCGUCGCCGCUAUCGCUGCCGUCGCCUCGCCUGCAGCAACAGCAUCGCGACGACGGCCGCGGCGGCCGCUCGCAGAGGGGAUCGCCGCGCUGGGAGAAUGCGCUCGACAUUGGAUGCGGGCCCGGCCAGCUGGCCAUCCACCUUGCCACUCGCUUUGACCGCGUGUUUGGACAAGACGCCAGCGCGCACAUGGUGGAGUUGGCCGACGUCGUCAAGCAGCUCGACGGGCGCCAGCUGGCCCGGCAUGGAUUGCCCGCCGUCGACGACCCCUCGCGCAUCGAAUACGGCGUGGGGCGUGGCGAGGAUCCGCAGCUGCCUGCGAGCGCCGGCAGCCAGCUGCUCGACGUCAUCACGCUCGGGUCCUGCUUCCACUGGCUCGAGACGUCGUCGCGCAGGUGUGCGCUGUCCGUCUGGGACCGGUGGUCAGCGCUGCUGCGCCCCGGUGGCAGCCUGUUUGUCGUUGGCAUGCGGCCAGUCGUGGGGCCCUACGACGGCGCUGGAGAGGCGGGGCGGAGGCUCAAGCCGUUGCGCGACUGGCUGCGCGGCUUCUGGCACCUGGAGCCGGAGCUGAGGCGGUACUAUGACCGGGAGCGGAUCGAUCGGGCGUAUGGGCCGCGCGGCCUCUUCACCGACGCGCCGAUGCCGUGGGAGCUGGGCGACGCGCGGCUUGCGCGGCUGUGGGAUCGCAGCGCGUACGCCUACGUCCCGCUUGACGAUCCGGACCGCGACGAGCCCGUGUGCGGGUGGGACGGCCUCGACGACGAUGUCGCCGAAGGAGUCGCUGCGACUCGCGCUGCCAAUGCGACGGGCCGGACUGGGGCGAGCCGAGCUGCGUCGUGGAUGCCCGAGUCGGUGCUGCGAGCGGCGCGGCGCGAGGGGACGCCCGAGGAGCUCGGGGUGACGAUGACGACGCCUCGGCGGCAGGCCGAGUGGGUGCGCUCGACGUCGGGGUACGCGGCGAUGCUGCGGGAGAAUGUCGAGCAGCGGAUCAAGGCCAUGGCCGACGAGGACCUGGCUGCGGUGGCGGUGCGGCGGCUGUGCGAGCGGAUGGGCGUGGGCUACGAGGACGAGAUCGAGUGCCACCACGCGGCCGUCGUCGUGUGCCUUCGCCGCUCCGAGGUCGUGUACGACGGGCAGAAGCAGCGGCAUCCCCCUCAUUUGGCGAGUUGGCUGUAG